CCAGGUCCCCCCAGCCUUGGGCUCUCCAGCCCCGGGCCCAGCCUUGCUCUUCCCAACCCCAGCCUCAGCCUCGAUCUUCCUAAUCCUAAUCUCGGUCUUCCUGACCCCAGCUUCGGUCUUCCCAACCCCAGCCUCGGUCUCCCCAGCCCCGGGCCCACCCUUGACCGUCCCAUUCCCAACCACCCCAACCUUGAUCUUCCCAACCCCAACCCCAGCCUUGGUAUUCCCACACCCAACCUUGGUCUUUCCAACCCCAACAUCGCCCUCCCCAGCCCCAGCCCAGGCACCGAACCCGACCUUCUUCCCGUGGCCGAAGACUCGGAGGUGUCCAUGGAGCUCCCCCAGCCCUCCUCCAGCCCGGCCCCAGCACAGAGGGCCCGCGGCCGCACGGACCGCACGUGGUUGGGCCCCAUGGCGCGGCCGAGGCCCGGGGAGCGCGCGGUGCCGGAGAACAGCAGUGAGUGCCGGAACGGAUACGUGCGGCACAACAGCUCCUGCCGCUCCGUCUGCGACCUCGUCCCCAGCUACUGCCACAAUGGCGGCCAGUGCUACCUGGUGGAGAGCCACGGGGCCUUCUGCAGGUGCAACACACAGGACUACACGUGGCACAAGGGGACGCGCUGCGAGGCCAUCGUCACCGACUUCCAGGUGCUGUGCGUGGCCGUGGGCUCGGCCGCGCUGGUGCUGCUGCUGCUCUUCAUGCUCACUGUCUUCUUUGCCAAGAAGCUCUACCUGCUCAAGACGGAGAACAGCAAACUGCGCAAGACCAAAUACCGCACUCCGUCCGAGCUGCACAACGACAACUUCUCGCUGUCCACCAUCGCCGAGGGCUCCCACCCGAACGAUGACCCCGGCGCACCCCACAAGCUGCAAGACCCGCUGAAGCCUGGCCUGAAGGACGAGGAGCCGCUCAGCAUCCUCAGCACCGCGCCGGAGGAGGGCAGCAAGGGCGAGCCAGGGGGCUGUGGGGUGCCCUGCCUGCACAACAACCUGGGGUAGGGCGGGGGGAGACACAUUUGGGUGGCAUUUGUACAGAGGGUCCCAUUCGUGGCUGCGCCGUGUCGUCGGGUGUUCGCUUUGUGCUCUGUGUCUAUUGCUUGGGUUUGUUCUGCGCUGUGAUUUCUAAACCUUUGCUGUUCCGCCACUGACUUUUUUUGUACUUUUACCCCCUCAACACUUUUUUUGAAAUACGAGUGAAAACAACAACAAAAAAAACGGAAGAUCUUGAAAUAAAACCUUUUUUUUUU